CCUAAACUCCCCUAUCAUCCAAACCACACCAGGAAACAUCAUACAUUACAUGGUUUCUGAUUCUGUCCAUGGCUCACAUUUCAUGGUCUGAUUCAUUUUCCCAAGGCCAAGAAGCAAUGAAAGCCCUCUCUGAAAUCCUGCCUUCUUUCCCUUCCUCUCUUCUCAGCUCUGAAGACCCUUCUCACAACCUUCUCAAUAACCCUGAAAUCUCCUCCCAGAUCACUCAACUCCUCCGCAAACCUGACUCUGGCGCUGGCGACAACAGCCUCUGUCGUUGGCUCUACGACACGUUUCAGUGUGCCAAGCCUGAUCUUCAGCUAGUUGUGCUGAAAUUUCUGCCCCAUAUUGCUGGUGUGUAUCUUUCUCGAGUUCCUCUGCGUAAGCCAUUGGCUGGUUUUGAGGCUGUGCUGUUGGCAUUGUACUCACAUGAGACUGCUUUUAGGAAUGGGCAGGCUGUUACGGUUAAUAUACCUGAUCUUUGUCAUUCCAGUGUUUAUCAUGAAAGUAAAGCUGGUGCUAAAAAUAAUGCAACUGAGCUGAAUUUAGCUGUCAUUUCUCCUGGUUUAGAGCCUUAUGGAACUGUCCGAUCAACCCGCAGGGCACGUAUAGUAGGAGUUGCAUUAGAGUUGUACUACAGUAAGAUAGGUGAAAUGCCUGUGGACUCGAAGAUUGCCUUUUGUGAAUUUUGUGUUGUUUGGGCCGGGGAAGAUGGGGAGGUUUACAGAGAAACUGAUGAAGGUACAGAUGAAACAAACAAAGUCGAGGAGAUCAAAGAAAAGAUGAAAGGAUUGGAUGCAGAUUCUGAGGUGAGAAAUGAUGAAUCGAGCUCAGGGUCAUCAAAGGGUAAAGGGGAGACGAAGGAGGGUAUUAGUACAGGGAGAAUUCCGCUACCCUGGGAGCUACUGCAACCUGUAUUACGAAUACUUGGACACUGUUUAUUGGGUCCGAAUAAGAACAAGGAGUUGUAUGAAGCUGCAUGUGUGGCCUGCAGGAGUCUGUAUGCCAGGUCUUUGCAUGACAUCAAUUCUAAAGCAAUCUUGGCUACUGGGAGUCUUCUGAAGCUUGUCAAGUUAAAUUCUAAACCGAUGGACAAAGUUGAUCAUACCGAACUAACAAUCACUGAUGUUAUCACUAUCUAGUUAUUGUUUUCCUGGAAGCCUAAAAGGUCUUCACAUCCUGGUGGUUGUGGCUUCUUGUCGUCCUGCUGGCAUUGCCAUCAGGAUCUGAGUACGUGGAUAUUACGGGUAUGGACCUCUUUCACCCAAAAUUUGAGUAGGAUCUUACCCUGAUUUUGUAAUUCAAGUAGCUAUUCGUUUCUUCCUGUGUUGUUAUGGUAUAUGACACUAGAAAUUAUACUAGUGUUUCAGUCAGGAGGUUUAUUCUUCGUCCUCUGUAUGUUUUCUUUCUCAACUUUGUCAAUAUCA